AUGCUGGAUAAGAUCCGCGAGGAAGCCACCUCGCUGUUGGAGGAUGGGUUCACAUUGCAAGAUGGUAGCCGCUACUUUGCAUGUCUAGUGGCGGUCAAAGGCGAUGCGCCGGCGAUCGCCAAGGCCGGCAACCUGGACAGGAAUUUCCAAAACCUCGGGAACCCACUCUGUCCUGAAUGCCUAGCUGGAGCACCCGGUGUCCCCUUCGAGGAUUGCUACUUCAGUGCCUCCUCCAUUGUCUUGAUUGCCGAGCUUGGGUAUUGGAACAGCGAUAGCAACAACUUUGACGAUGUCAUGGAGAGAGCCUAUGAGGACUUCGCCCACUACGUGAAGCAUGACUUCAGAGGUGGAGGUGUACCGCAUCUCAAACACUUCACUCGCACGAACCUACAUUACCCACGUACAAGUUCCUUCCCCUACAUGCGACCAAAGGGAAGUGAUAUCAUGCUGUUGACGAGGUGGCUCGGCUUCUUGAUGCUCCAUGGUCCUCUUCUUGGUGGUGCUCGAAGCAACGGAAACAUGAUUGACAACCCACUAGAUGCUUCCCAUGCUGGGUUUUUCAGGAACAUCUCUGCAGCCUCGACGGCGGCUGCAAAGUUUUUUCGGGUCAUACACAACCGGGGCCUUUGGCUCAGCAGAGAGUACGCGCAGCAAGUGAAAGGUGCCACACUUCAGUUUGCAGAAGCCUAUUCUCAAUUGGCAAUGCAGUGCCACACAGAAGGAAGGGCCCGAUACUCCUUGGUCCCAUCUUUCCACUACUGGCACCAUUUCUAUGUCGACGCUAAGCGACAGCUACGGGAUCCCACUCGUCAGUACCUUCUAUCAGCGAGCAUCGGUUCGUGUGAGGCGGACGAGGAUUUCAUUGGCAAAGUUAGCCAAAU